ACAAGCAGCAACGUUUCGGUCAGUUCCGGUGAAUCGCGGUAAUCGCGGUUAGUCGCAUAACGCAACGUAUCGUGAUAAUUCGUGGUCUUCGUGGUCAUUCGUAUUCGUGGUGAAUCAGGCGAAUGAUAUAGUGAAUGUGCUGUUUCAAACAUGGAUAGGUUACUCGUUUAAAAUAAUAUGUGGGAAUUAGGGAACCGGAGUGUUGUCGCUUUAGUAAGUGCGUUGUGCGUGUGCGUAAUUGUUUACACGGUUUCGGUGCCGAUCUUCGUUCUUACGGUUUCGUUGGUUCUUACGAUUUACGCGUGCUACUUCCUGAUCAUCAACGAUAGUUUAUUGUCGCAGCACGCGUUGGUCCUGUACGAUUACUGCAAGCAGGUUUCGUCGAGUGUGCACGCGGGCAUCGCCACUGUCGCUGGCCAUACACGCCAACACGUUCAUCGAUUCACAGAAGCUGCGAAGCGUGGAUUUCGAAGACUGCACCUAACCCAAAUUCAACCUGGUAUGGAAAGGCGUCGAGGAUCGCACUACCAGCUGAGUAGCGAAUUUUACUCAACUGGAAGGAAUUCUGACGACUUUGCUAGAUCAAUCUCGCAGUUCAGCCCGAUACGAAGAAAUUCACAAAGUGCCCAUACGCCGAAUGAUAUUACUCCAAGAAACAAGCUUUCUCAUGAGCCGACCGGUCGCGUGUUGUACGAUCACACUUCCUUCGCCACGAAACAUUCCUCGACGCCAAUGUUCUCCUCGAGUAAAGAGGAAUUGGAAAAUCAAACAAUCAAUUUAUUACCCACGAAUCGCUCCCUAACAAGGAGAACAUCUGGACAUAAUAAUGUCUACUAUAAAGAGGAAUCUCCUACUUAUUUUACUAACAAUGAUUCUUUGUGGGGCACAACUGUUAGUCCUAAACAAGGUAUCAAGGGUAUAGAAAGGAAAACUGUUCAGACAGUUGCCGGACCUUUAUUAGCGACCACCAGAUACAACAUAGACCCAAAAGUAUACAACGAUGUGCACUCUCCAGGACUCACAACCAGAUUAACUAAAUAUGCUAUGGAAGCUAACAGCAAAUUAACUCAUCAGCCUCAGUACCGCUUGGGACAGUUUCCAAAAGUAAAUCUUAACGCUAGCCCAGUUCCGCUGAUAAAUCCAAAGUCUGUGAAAACCAGAACACCAAUGACGGUUAGAGUCGCGCCGCCUAACAGUAUCCGUUACUCGCCGCCGUCAAAGCAGAACAAUUUGUCGAAUUUGUGCCACUUGGACAACAGUUCUUUACCGUCUAGCGUCGCGCAUUUGAGGGAUAUCUCGCUAAAGAGGCACGCGUCGAGAGACGACGUCGCCGAACUAACUAAAAAGCAACGAACGGACGGCCUGAUUAGAAAGGAGGUCGAACCUCAGGAUGAAAUGAAGCAGAAAAGAAGCAGAGAUGAUUCCAUGAGAUCGGAGGAGGACAGUUCUCCGCAAAGUUCGGCUCGCCCGACGAAACGUACCAAAACGCCGUCGUGUUACGACAUAAUAAACUCACUCAGCUCCAGCAAGCACGUUGUUUCCGGCGUCAAAAGGAAAGCUAGAGAUUUCUCGCGAAGUGGAACUCCAGACUUCGAGAAACAUUUCAAAUCUUUGGAACAGAGUCCUGACAUUCAGACGUUAUCACAGCUCCCGCAUACAAGUCCCAUGCGACCCAAAAUCCCGAAUCAAGAGAAGGAAAGCAACGUUGCCGAUAAGAAAUCGAAACAUUCGCCGCUGAAGGGAAUUUUGAAAAGCAGCAACGCGAUCCCUGAGAACACGGUAUCUACUAAACGUUCGAAUAUACAAAAGGACGAGAAAGAUCGUCCGAGUGAGCAGCCAGCUGCUAUUGAAUCGUCAAGAUUAACACACAAACUGUUUAUGAGAGCGGAACCAGAGAGGAAUGAAAAACUACGAAUGCUGGUCGAGGAACAAGGCAACGUACGUGCGAAAUUCACUACCGAUGACGUGGAAGAAAUAAAGAGAGAAGACAUCGCGGAUAUGAGACAGACCAGUAUGAAAGCUAGACUUCAAAGCAUGUUCGACGCCAUCUCCGGUAAAGCUGCUACUCGAAUCGAUCCAGAUGUCGUGAUCCAAGCGGAAGAUGUGAACGCGGUCGAAGCGGACCAGCCUGUCUCGAAUCCGGUCUCUUGCGCGACCCUCAAUUCGUCGACCACAACCACCAAUAUUAAUACAACUCCAAUAUCGACCUCGGUUAUAGCUGUCAAUCCUGGCGCCAGCGAAUCGAUCGUGAAGCAUGUGGCUUUUAAUUUGCCGACUAAGGAAACUCCAAAUACAAACAGCGUUCAGUUCGCUGAAACGGUUCAAAGAAAAGAUGAAACCGUUCCUACUUCUUUGAUAAAUAAGACAACCAACGUCACUUCCGGAGUUGUUUUCACAACGACGGAAUCGAAAACUGAAAACGUAUCGAAACCCGUCACUCGGAUUACAAAUACGAUCAGCAGUGCGAGCGUACCGAAUUUCGAAUUCGGAAAACCGAUUCCAGCUAAAUCAACGACUGAUACCUUGCCCACUUCUAUAAAUAAUACUAACACUCCUUUGCUGGCGCCGUCGACAACUGCUAGUAUUUUCAAGAACGUUAUUCCUGCUGCUACACCCACAUUUUCGACUACUCUUGUCAGUACGCCAGUAGCAAACGUAAGGAACGAAGGAAUACAAAGUAACAUGAAGAUGAACGUCUCACAAAGUGAAGGAAUCGUUUCAACUAGUUUGAACGCACCAAUUGGAAAUAGUACUAUGAUUGCCACGCCGACGCAGUCGAAUCCAGUCAAACCAAGCGUGAUACCCCUCGCUACUGCGGGAAAAGAGGAGAAUACAAAUUCUCCGUUCACCACUGGUAUCGCAAGCACCGCUAGCUCGAGCGUUUCCUCGAGUGUUUCUUCGAUCGCGACGACGACUAUAAACUCGUCCACUUCCUUGUUCACAUUCGGAAACAAAUCCAAUAGUCCAUCAACUUUCGUAUUUGGCACGAGUAUAGGAAAUGCUCCGCAAACUAGUGGAACGUUUGGAAAUCCUAUCUUUCAAGCAAGCAUUGUUCCGACGAUAAGUAAUGCGACGACAACAACAAGUGCAACUAAUAGUUUGCAAUCUAAUCCCGUUGCAACUACUGCUACGUUCGAAUCGAGCGCAAAAACUACCGUUGGAACUACAGCAAAUUCCACAUUUUCUUUCCGACCUGCAUCCACCACAUCGGCAUCUGAUAACAAAAUUGGUUUCUCGUUCGGUAACGCGGCUACGACAAAUGCAAAUGCAAAGACAGGAGUUUCGAAUGCUGGUCUGUUCACUAUGGGGAACAAUAAUUCUAUUCCGUGCUUCGGAGCACCGUCGACGACCAGUGCCCCAGUUCAGUACGCCUCGAACCCUGGUUCUAUAUUCGCCAAUACUUCAUCGCCUGCGACUCCAAUCUUCGGAACAGCAACGACAACUAAUCAGUCGAUCUUCAAUGCACCUUCAAGCUUGAGCUCGACUACCUCCGCGUUUGUUGUACCAAAGAUUACCACGCCAGUGUUUGGUUCGAGCGCAGCUACUACCACCGCAGGAUUUGCGUCCACGAGUUCAAUGCCAGUUUUUUCAAAUCCAAAUAAUGAAACUUCAUCUACCGUGAUUAGUACCGCCUCCGUGCCUGUGUUUGGUUCGAACGCUAGCACCUCCGCUUCGACAAGCGGUGCUACUAAUUUGUUCUCAGCUCCGGCCUCAGCUCCGUCUACCACGGCAACCAAUAUCUUCGGUCAAAGCUCGUCCACAAUGACUAACUUCAAAAGCACGACGGGAGUAUUUGGAAAUAAUACCGGAUCGUCGGUAUUCGGUUCGCUAGCAACGACAACAGCCACGUUCGGUACCUCGACUGUCGCCAGCAAUCCAGUUAUAACUACGUCCGCUUCUACUUCUGCUUUCGGUUCCACAAGCAUUCCGGCGAGCACCGCGUCGAUCCCAAACUUCGGCGCUACGAGCACCGUUGCCUCCGGCUUCAGAUCGCAAAAUCAGAAUAAGCCGGGUCCGAGUUCCGCAUCACAGAAUUUCGGCGGUUCAAUAUUUGGAAGCGAGAACACAAGUGCACAUAUAUUUGGAACAUCGAAUGGUACUGCGAGUCCAUUCAGCUCUGCCUCGACGAGCAACGCGACGAAUCCCACGUUCGGUGCUGCGAGCACAAGCGGAUCGACGGCAUUCGGUGAUGCUAACAAAGUUCCCUCGUUCGGUGGCCAACCUUCUGCGUUUGGAGCCUCGACCUCAACUCCUGCCCCAUCCGUUUUCGGAAACACCAGCAACGCAACUGGCGAGAAUAAUAAUGCUUCUAGCGGUAUAUUCUCGUUCGGAGCGAACCAAAAGCCAGCUCAGCCAAGCACCACGUUUUCCUUCGGGAGUAACAAUACCAGUAACAACGCCACCGCUUCGACUUCAGCACCUUUCCAAUUUGGUACUCCGAAUACAGGUGCAGGAUUUAAUUUCUCCGCACCGUCGACGACACCGUCUAUAAACUUCGGAGCAUCCAGUUCCACGGGGACGUUCAACGCCUCGGCGCCUGGUAUGUUCAGUAUCGGAAGCGGAUCCACCGCGCCAAGAUCCAGGAGCACGCGAUCAAGAAAACUGAGAUGAUGGAGAACGUAGAUCGUGCCCAGCAUUCAGUCUUGAAGAGGAUAAUGUUCCAUAUUCGACGUUUUUAUUAACCGUGUAAUUUUAACAACGUAAUUCAAUUGCGACAUCGUUUCAGUACGUGACACGCUCGCACCUUCGUUCGACCAAGAAACGAUUUAUCUUUUUUUUGACGCUACAUUUUUCGUCGCUAAACCUACUCACCCUGUAUGUAUGUACAUACGAGAAUGUUAAAACAGAUUUAUCCAUAUUCUAACGUUUGCUUCAGUUUCAUUGUACGCAUAAUACACUGACGAGAACCAAGAACGUUGUCAAAAGUGUGUUCAUUUAUAGACUUAUUUUAAAGAAUUAUUAUUUACUACGAGAUCAUGAUUGGCAAAAAAUAAUGCAUAGGACUUAUAGAAGUUGCAUCUUCCAUAAUAUGUUUUAGAUUGUUGUAAAUUAGUUUUUGGUACCAAUUUAUAUAUAUUUUGAAAUGAUUGUUUCUGAAUGCUCGAAUAAUUCGGAGAAGUAGUUAAACUGCUUUUGUUUUUCGUUUCGUUUGUUUAUCGACGUUUGAGAUGAAAAUAAGAGAUUUAUUAGGAGAAUGAGAUAAGUACAGGUAGACAAGUGAAUGCGGAAGGAUGUUCGAUCGAGAAGCACAAAAUCUGAUGAAAUUUAGCUUCGAAGAAGACAGCAACUUCUCUAUACUUUCUUUUUGCAAUUGGAAGAAAAUAUGAUGGACAAAGAAUCCUGCGAAGGGAAGUCUUGACUGCAUCGCCGUGUUCUUAAAAUAUAUCUACUACGUGCGAUUAUUUUUUUCUACACUUACAGGCAGAUGUAUUUCUUUAGAUAAUUGUAAAGUUUAAGAAAUAUUAGAUAUAUGAAUAUCAAUAGCGUUACGUUUAACACUCUGA